AUGCCGGUUACUAUGAUCUUUGGAGCCCUGGUCGCUGGAAUGACUGCCGAAGGAGCCGGGGCCGUUGCAUUCCCUGUGAUGACCCUAGUGCUUCAUUUAGAUCCAACGAUCGCUAGAGAUUUUUCAUUGAUGGGUCAGAGUAUAGGAAUGAUGUCAUCCUUGGUGUGCGUCAUUUUUAUGAAAGUCAAGUUUGAGGCAAUGGCUGUGUUAUUCGGUAUAGCUGGCGCAAUUCCUGGUUUCAUAUUUGGUGUUCAUUUUUUCGACCCUUUAUUCACAGGCGCCCAAAAGAAAAUGAUGUUCGUCUCUAUUUGGACCGCCUUCGCUUUCGCCCUUGGCCUUCUAAAUGCUCAGAAAAAGCGUCCAACGUUUGUAAAAAUUCCAGAAUUCUGUUUCUGGAAAGGAUUCAUUUUAUUUGUUACCGGAAUUGUGGGCGGAGUCUUUGAUGCGUUUGCUGGGAGUGGAAUUGAUAUUUGCAUGUUUUCCAUUGUCACUCUUUUGUUUAGAGUCAGUGAGAAAACAGCUACGCCCACAACGAUGAUAUUGAAAGGUGGAGUGGUAUCAGUGUUUGGAUUUUGGUACCGAGGAGUGAUGAUGGGAGAUAUAUCGGAGACGGCGUGGAAGUAUUUUGCAGUAACGAUUCCAGUGGUGGCCACGAUGGCUCCCAUCGGCUCAUUCCUCGGCUCUCACCUUCAUCGCCAAGUCAUUGCCGCUUUGAUUUAUAUUUUGGAAAUCGCAUCUCUAACUGGCUUUCUUCUUACCAAUCCUUCCUGGUGGCUGAUUUCCAUAGCUGUUGCCAUUAUUCUAUUUGGAUUUGGAUUCUUCACACUGGUCGCAAAGUUUGGAGAAGUUUUGAUGAGGAAAUCAGAGGAUAAUGAUUUGAAAAUUGAUUUAAAGAUGAUAGCUUGA